UUAACACAUUUUAAUGACCUUUAACCGUGUUUAAACUUCGUAAGUUAGCUAACCUAUUAGCUGCUAACUAGCUAAAUUUAACUAACGUUACCCGAGCUAGUUAGGGUCAAGUUCACGGGACUAGCGUCCUGAGGUAAACUGAUAACGCUAGGUAAACUAACUUGCUAUAUGUAAGUUAACCUUAUCUAUACUUUUUUUUUUUACUUUAGCUACAAUAGUUAAUGUCUCUUGAAUAUUUUUUUUUUUUAAGUUUCACAUCAAUAGUAACUAAUUAACUGAAAAUUAGCAGUGAACCAGUAACGUUAGCUAGUUAACCAGUAACGUUACCUACUUAACGUUAACGUUGGUUAACUAAUUUAGUUAACUAAAGCUAGUUUUGUAAAUUUUAGCUAGUAAGUUACAUUUUAUAAAUCAGUUCCAGAUGGAUUUCACACUUUUAUUUCGGAGGUCUUGCACAUUUGAGGAUGAAGAAAGAAGCUGGAGAAGACUAAAGGGGCAUGUCUGAUCAGGUGAUGUUACAUUGGGUGGAUGGUCUAUUGGUGCCAUUUGAUUUCUACUGAAAACAACUGAUGUGGAUACUACCAGGACGAAGAAGGAGCCCAAACAGGAGUCUUUAUCUGGCAGCUUUUAAGAUGGAUGUUCAAGAGAGCUCCCCAGGGGUCAUGGGGUCGCUGAGAACGUUUGACUCUUCUGAGUUCGGGAGCUGGGAGAAGAUUGGAUCUGGCGGAUUCGGACAAGUGUACAAAGUACGGCAUAUGCAGUGGAAAACAUGGCUGGCCAUAAAGUGUCCUCCCAGCCUUCAUGUGGACGACAAAGAGCGUGCUGAGCUCCUGGAGGAGGCCAAUAAGAUGGAGGCAGCAAAGUUCCGCUACAUCCUUCCUGUGUACGGCAUCUGCAGCGACCCGCAGGGCCUGGUGAUGGAGUACAUGGAGACAGGGUCUCUGGAGGCUCUGCUGGCUGCUGAGCCACUGCCGUGGGAAUUACGCUUCCGCAUCAUCCAUGAAACUGCAGUGGGCAUGAACUUCCUGCACUGCAUGAACCCACCUCUGCUGCACCUGGACCUGAAACCUGCCAAUAUUCUGCUGGAUGCCCACUAUCAUGUCAAGAUCUCAGACUUCGGCCUGGCCAGGUGGAACGGCUUUGCUCGAAAUGAUGACAUCAGCCGCGACGGGUUCUGCGGCACUAUCGCCUACCUCCCUCCUGAGAGGAUCAUUGAGAAGGACCGAGUCUCUGACACCAAGCACGACGUGUACAGCUUUUCGAUCGUUAUCUGGGGAAUUCUCACACAGAAGAAGCCGUAUCAAGGGGAGAACAACAUUCUGCACAUCAUGGUGAAGGUGGUUAAGGGAGUGCGUCCGGAGCUGAGCACCGUGCCCCGCAGUCGACCUCAGGCAUGCUCUGGUUUCAUGGCCCUCAUGCAGAAGUGCUGGAGUGCCUCUCCAGAUGAGCGGCCCAGCUUUCAGGAGAUCACAUCCGAGGCUGAGGAGCUGUGCUCUAAACCCCACGAUGAGUCCAGAGUGUCAGUGUCUGAACCAGAUUGUUCUCCCUGCACGGCUCCACCAGCCUCUGAACAGCCUAAGGAGCAGAAGCCUGUAAGGCCGAAGUCAGCCAUGUUGCCAGAGAAAGACUGCAGCCUCUCUGAGCUGCUGAGCCAGAUCGACUCCGGCAUCUCCCGCAGCUUUGACCAGGUUAAGGAGGACUGUCUGGAGAGCAAGGACAACACCAGCAAGAGACUGUCGGGUAUUUCCUCUGUGGACUCUGCCUUCUCCUCCCAGGGCUCCAUCACACUCUCCUUUGAGAGAGAAAACUCUAGUAAUGAAUCAAGUGAACUGCAGAAGAAAAAGCUAUGUGAUGCCAUCCGGACAGAGGACACUGCCAAACUGAUGAAGAUCCUUCAGCCACAGGACGUCGACCUGCUCCUAGAUGGGGGUGGCAGCCUGCUCCACUAUGCUGUGAGCCUGGCCAAUGAGGAAGCAGUGAAGUUCCUGCUGCUGAACAACUGCAGUGCAAAUCUUCCCGAUUCUCGUGGAUCCACACCCCUCCACUUGGCUGUUGAGAAGCGUCUGAAAAGUGUGGCUGAGAUCCUUCUGGGACGCAAGAGCACAAAUGUGAACGCUAAGGACGAGGACCAGUACACGCCUCUGCACUUUGCUGCACAGAACGGGGACGAGGCGCUUACUCGGCUCCUCCUCGACCGUGCCGCCACCAUGAACGAAGCGGAUGCCCAGGGGCGCACACCCAUUCACGUGGCUUGCCACCACGGUCGGGAGAACGUGGUGCGUGUUCUGCUGAGUCGUGGUGCUGAUGCGCAUGCCAGAGGCAAAGACGAGUGGACAGCUCUACAUCUAGCUGCAUGGCAGGGACACCUUGGCAUUGUUAAGCUGCUGGUUAAGCAGGCUGGCGUCAACGUGGAUGGGCAAACAGUGGACGGGCGAGCUCCUCUGCACCUCGCCUCGCAGAGGGGACAGUACAGGGUGGCACGUGUUCUAGUGGAUCUGGGGGCAGACGUGAGCAUUACGUCCGCUUGCCUGAGCACACCGCUUCAUGUGGCCGCUGAGACCGGUCACACCAGCACAUCCAGAUUGCUUCUCAAACACGGCGCUGAUAUCCAGUCCCGCACGGCCCAGGGCCUCACGCCUCUGCACCUAGCUGCCUGGAAGGGUCACCAGGCCACCGUUAGGAUGCUUCUAGAGGAGGGCGCAAACCCACACGACACUGAGCACCUCCUACGCACACCUUGCCACCUUGCUGCAGAGGGAGGACACUGCCAGGUCAUGGAGGAGCUUCUGCAGAGAUGGCCAGAGGCAGUGGCCACGCCGGAUGAAAGCGGAUUAACACCGCUGCACCUAGCCGUUCGUGGUGGAUACAGGGAUGCCAUCUGCCUCCUGCUGAGCCACGGUGCUGACAGCGCUCUACCAACGCCCAGAGGCUCUGUGUCUGAGCCACCCACACCCACAGAGAACCUUACCACUCAGAUAUCUGGUACUCUACGCAGGAAAGUGGUCAUCCUGAAACUCGCUGAGCAGGAGCCAAGCCAGGACUCCACAGAAUCAAUGUGUGCAGUUGCUCACUGCUGAGAUAAAAUGGGACAGCAACCUAAUAGACUGUAGAGUGAUUUCCCUCUUGAGGACUUUCUUUUUUAACCUUUGACACUUUAUCAAAGAGCAGCAUUUUUAAACCUAAAUGAUGUUAACAGUACAUAAGCCUUACAUGAACAUAAAUGCAUGAUGUCAGUUCACCUCAACAAGUGUUUUGACAACUUGGAAUAGCUGAAAUAGCUCUGUUGUCAUGAAAGGCUUAUGUAGACGUCACAUGUAAAGGGAAGUAUAGCAACAGACAAGUUGUCUUGUACUCCUGAUGUGCCUUUUUAAAGUCAACUGUCAUGGCGGUAACUCUUAUCCUCUUUACUGAUUCUCGCUGUGGUUUAUCCUCUAUUGCCGUAAGCUGGGCUGUGCAUUUACAGGGAGUUGGCCAGGCAUUGCAUUUGCAUCCUUGUGUUCUGAAUGUUUCUGGCCCCAGUCACUGUCAUAAGAAAACCUCCUAUCUAUGAAGUGACAACUUUUUGACAAGAAGUAAAUCUGAGUAUUCCAGUCGUUUUGACCUUUUUUCAUCAAUUGUAGGACCAGCCCAUUGACUUAAAGGGGUCUUUCUGUUCUUUCUAUUAACCACUUAGAAAAAAGGCAAUUCAGAUCAUUUCUGUUGGUCUAUUCAUCGCGAAAUGAAAAUAUACAACUACAAAUAUAUAUAUAACAACUGAUGGUUUCUAAAUAUUGUACAGAUUUUCUUGUGAUAUAUGAUGUAUUAUGUCAUUAUUGCUCAUUAUAGACUAAAAGAAAGAAGAGGGAUUUCAUGCUGUUUCUGAUGUCUGUAUAUAAUGUAAUUAAUAAUAUAUGGUUGCGGUCAUUACAAUGUAGUUACCUCUCAGAUUUCCAUGGACUUUGAGCUCUGAAAGACUAUUCCAGCAGUAAUGAACGUAUUUCUGAAUGGGAAAGGGCCAUGUAUAUAACUGUACAUAGAAACAUUAGAAAAUACACUUAUUAUUGCUUUAACUUCCUCAUUCAUUAUUUUGCUUCUUUUUACAUGUAUAUGUUUGUCCUUUUUUAUUUUUAUUUUUUUUGCCAUAUGUCAUUUAUUUUCCUAUUUGUGGCUUAUCUCUGUUGUUGCUUACCAGAUCAGACCUGUAAUUCAUGUAGCCUCCAGGCAAACUUCUCCUACGUUUUUCUACUUUAUGCUUGAGUGCAUUUUUAUAGGAACAAGCAGACUGUGCAUUGCACAAAAAAAAUGCAAUCUUAAAAUCCUAAACGUGUUUGCUCCAUUGUGUUAGCUCCUACACCAUUACCCCUAUACUUUAUAUUCUUAUAUCUUUGCAGUAUUUCCAGGCUUUUCCAAAUCCUAAGGCUAAUUAUACUAUUUAAAGAAGCUUUGGUGUGUUAUGACAGACAGGAGCGUGUGUAGAACCACUUGGCUCACACCAUGGGAACAGGGCCUGGGGGGGAUCACAGGUGCUGUAUGGAUAGGGAGUAAAGGGGGGUGGGGGGCAUGGGGGCGGAGGGGCGGUGACUGUACACUGUGAAUACCCUCAUGUCAGGGCUGUUGGCCAAUUCCUGUGACCACCUUAUCUUUUCAUCACUCUGUAAAACCACAGAGCCGUGCCUUACUGACGCCACAUGAAGCACAGCUUUCACAACCCCCCAAUUUGAGACGCUUGGAAUGGAACUGCCAGCUCCUUAAUUGCUAGGUAUUUACAUUCCCUGUUUGCGGAGAACCACUGAAUUGACUGGUAAGCUCUGUGUGAUGAGAGGCUUAGUGUAAAUGUGUAGUGUAUGAUUGUGUGUGUGUGUGUGUGUGUGUGUGUGUGUGUAUGAUUCAGUGAGAGUGUAUCGAGGUAAAGACAUCUCUGCAUAUGUGUUUUUUGUAGCGCUGGUUAAUUCUCUGCUACAUGAUCCAGCUCUGUACUCGUAGUUCUCAAGUAGCAUUAAGCACAUCGUAGUCCUUGUGUUUGACCCUCCUGCAGCAUUGCUUUUACAUUCAUUUGCUAUUAGGUCAUCUUGUUUUUUUUUUUGUAUGCAGAGUUCUUUCUAUGUACCUAUAGUGUUUGCACAGUUUCACUUUUGUAUUUGAUGGAAAAUUAAAGUUCAUCAUGUGCCUUAAAUGAA